UGUGUAUAUGUUAGUUUCAAAUUGAUCGGCGUUUAUUUCAAUGAAUUGUUUCAAUCUGAUUAAUUAUUUGUGAAAUUUUGAAGCUUUUUUACCCAUUUUUUCUCUCACAUCAAUAAUGGCAUUAUCAUCAUCAUCGUUAUUUUGUUUGCAAAAAUUUCGUUUGAAAUUCAUUCCAAUUCAUCUGUUAAUCAUCACAUGUUUUAAUAUUUUUAUAACAAAUUGUAGUAGUUCAUCAACAACGGUUACUUGUGGUUCUGUAUUGAAAUUAAUGAAUGUAAAUUCCGGUAUUAGACUACAUUCACAUGAUAUAAAAUAUGGAUCAGGUAGUGGACAACAAUCGGUUACCGGUACUGAUAAACAAGAAGAUGUUAAUAGUUAUUGGCAAAUUGGUGCUAAAACCGAUGAACAAUGUGAACGUGGUACACCAAUCGAAUGUGGUUCAAUCAUACGAUUAACACAUUUACAAACGAAAAAAAAUCUACAUUCACAUCAUUUUCCAUCACCAUUAUCACAUAAUCAAGAAGUAGCAUUCGGUAAAGAUGGUGAUGGUGAUACUGGUGAUAAUUGGCAAAUAUUAUGUGGUGGUAAACAUUGGGAAUUGAAUUCAAAUAUUCGUUUUAAACAUGUUGAUACAGAAAUGUAUCUAUCAUCAUCUGGUCAUGUAUAUGGACGACCAAUCCAAGGACAAAUGGAAAUCAUUGCUAGCACUUAUUCUGAUUCAUCUGUUUAUUGGAUUGCAAAAGAAGGAAUUUUUGUUAAACCAAAUAAUUUUGAUACCAAAUAUGUUGGCCAUGAUGAAUUAUGAAUAUAAAGAAUCUGUCAAAAAUUUUUGUUUGAUUGUUUGUUUGUGUUUGUAAAUACCAUCCAAAGAGAUGUUAUAAUAAUAAAAAAAAUUCAAAUGAAAAAAAUUCAGAUUCAAGAUUCUCUUUCUCUUUCUAGGUUUCAAAUUGUGUAAAUUAACAAUUUUUCUUCAAACUUUUUAAUUCUUUUUUCUUGAUUCCAAAAUAAAAUAAUAAAAUGAAAAUGUUUAACAAAUGGAUUUUUACCAAUAUUCAUGUGUGUGUGUGUGUGUGUGUGUGUGUUGAAUGAAUGUUUAUGACAGAAAGAUGAUUAUGUAAGAAUGUUUCAUUUUGUUUUGAUUUUUUUUUGUGUGAAAAAAAAUGAUCAUGAAAUUCCAAUAAUUAUGAAAUGAAGAA